AUGGAGAUGACCAAGUUGCUGCUUGAUGCUGCGGCGUCCUUCGGGGGCGCGACUGCAAUACAAGCAGCCGCGUCGAUGAGGAAUGACCAAUUGGUCCAAGAUUUUCUCGUCCGGGGCGCAGAUGUCAAUGUUCCGCCAGGAAAAGAUGGCGGACUAACAGCGCUACAGUGCGCAGCAAUAGGCGGGGGCUUGGACAUGGUGGUUCAGCUUCUGGAGUACGGAGUAGACGUCAAUGCUAAAGCUGCUGCUCGUAGCUGGACGGCGCUAGAAGGGGCAGCCAAGUAUGGACGGUUGGAUAUUGUUCACAUUUUAUUAGAGAAUGAUGGCGAGGCCGAAUUCUUGGAGGGAAGAUGUGAGAAAGCGGCGAAGCUAGCUGAUGAAGAGGGGCACAGCGUUAUAGGGAGGGUUCUUCGAAAGUGGAAGAGUGUGUAG